AUGAACAAAGACACAUCUACAAACAAACGACUAGGACCAUCAACAACUACAGACAAGAACAAUAAUCAUGAAUCUAUACAACCUGUAAAACGUCCCAAGAAGAUAUCUUAUUUUCAACCUGUUAAUCGACUAACAAAUACAACAACUACGGCGGCUAUACCUUCAGUAGCUCAAGUGAUAAAGCCAAUAGAUCCAAACACAUUCAAUAGCAUAGUCAAUCCAGUUCAGGAAGUUUCAUCUACGCAAAAGAGAUUAUCAGCGAGCAAUAAUGAGAAUAAACUCGGUUUUCUAAUUCCAGAUCAGAGUUCGGAUGAUACUAGUUUCGAUGGCGUACGAUGGAAAGAAAGUCCCAAGACUACUAAGUUACAUCGACUAGAUAAAAUUCCUUCAUCUCCAUUGAAAUCAAUUGCAAAGAGCACUCCUUCCAUUGUGCCAAAACAAAGUGAUGAAUCAGUCAAUGAACAAACUAGUCAUGUCUUAUCCAAAUAUGGGAUUUAUGAUGCACGAAAUAACGUUACCAAACCCGUAUCCAAAGCACAUUCAGAUUUAAGUUACCAAUCACACCAAACCAAGCAUAAGAAUUCUCAAUGCACAACGCGUUCCAAAUCUUGUAAUAAUUCAUCAAAACCAACGUCUCUUAGUGGAACCCUCCGAAAUUGGAUUGAUAAAUUUGAGCAUAGUCCAACACCAACUAAUGAUGCAACACCAAUAACGACGGCUACAGAAGCAACAACUCCAGCAACUACUAAUAUUGAAGAUAACCUAUUCUCAACGAAUGACAAUAGAUCCUCAUAUUCCGAUGAUCCAUUUUCAGAUGAUGACAGUGAAUUAGUCCAUGCGUUACACAAAAUGACCCAAGCUGUUCCAUCGUCUCCAAUUCAGGAAUCCCCAACAAAGAAGGCAUCGCCAUCACCCUCUAGCAUUAGUUCAUUCUCAGACUCGGAUGAUCCUUUCUCCGAUGAUGACUCUGAACUUAUGGCUGUGAUAAGACAACCAACUCAAAACCCUCCACGGUCUGCAAGUACACCUAUUUCGCCUAUUGAAUGCAAGAAAGCUUGUGCUACCUCGGGACCCGCUAUCUCGGCUACUCAAGCCCAGUUUACAAAAUCAUUUCAAGAAGGUAUGAAGAACUUCGAACAAUUACAAAUUGAAAAACCAAGUUAUGAACAAAGAGAUGAGCCAAUCGUGAAACUUGCAUAUAAGAGAUCGUCAUUUAAACGAUACAUGAUUACCAAAAUAAUUGAACAGACCUAUGGAACCCCUCCAAAACGGCAAUUGAUUUUAGAAACUAUUGAUGGAGAGAAUGAAGAAAAGAUAUGUCGCUUCAUUGUUCGAGGAGAAUAUAGUGAAUUGGAAUUUGAACCUAAAGACAUCAUACAUAUUAUAAUCACCGAACCAUCAAAACCAAACCUAAUCGACGAUCAUAAUAAUUUAUUGAUCUGGAACCCGGAUAUAUUAUUAUCAGUAACAACGAUUGCUCAACAGAUUAUAUGUCCUCGAAAAUCGGUCAUACAAGCAAGAUACAAAUUCCCUGCGCAACUGAGUAUUCCAAUCAUAGUUGGAGAAGUUACACAUCGGAUAUUUCAAGAAUGUGUCAUAUCUGAAAAUUGGACUCGUGAAUAUAUGAAUCAAUUAAUGGAAGAAUAUGUGCACGAUUAUUUAUUGGCGAUUUUUAGUAUUGGACCCGAGCUUGCGAACGUCAAGACAGAGAUUGAAAAACAUUUGCCGUAUUUGGAAGAAUGGUUUUCGAAGUAUUAUAAAAAACCAUUAUCUAAAGAAAAUUAUAUUGAUGAAGAUGGGACAAAUAAGAAUAAGGAACAACGUGUCAUGUUUUCAGUGGAUGAAGCUUUAGAUAUUGAAGAAAAUAUUUGGUCUCCUAUGUUUGGUAUAAAAGGAAAAGUGGAUAUCACAGUGACUGCAAAGUUACUUAAUAAGAAUACUCAAGGGAAGUUUCUAAUUCCGGUAGAAAUCAAAACUGGGAGAGAGUAUGUUACUCAUCAAGCUCAGGCUUCGUUGUAUUCAUUGUUAUUCAAAGAUAGGUAUGACUUAGAGAUUAUGUCAUUUUUAUUAGUUUACACAAAAGAGAGUCUAACAAAAAAGGGAGAUAUCAAUAAGAAUGAUUUAAAAGUUUUGAUCAAUCUUCGGAAUCGUGUCUCACAAUAUUUCAAAGACAAUGCGUCGUCGUCCUUACCUCCGAUUUUACAAUCUGCCACAUGUGAUCGAUGUGACAUGCAAGAACCGUGUAUGACAUUGAAUCAUUUAUUAGAAGACGGGACGAAAGAACACAGUGGUAUAAAUGAGGAGAAAUAUCACGAAAUCACCAAGCAUAUUUUAGAUAAUGAGAGAUAUAAGACGUUUUUCAAAUAUUGGGAUGAGAUUAUCGCUCAAGAGGAGGUUAUGAUGAGUAAGACCGGAAAGCAACUUUGGACAAUGACGAGUGCACAGCGCGAAGCAAAGACGGGAAAAUGUUUAGGACUGAUGAUGGUUGUGAAUACAAAAGAAUCUCCGCUGGAUAAAGUUUAUGAAUAUACAUUUGCUAAAUCAGGUUCGAAUGCUUUGACAACCCAGUUAAUCCCUUCCGAUAGGAUCAUUAUAAGUGAUGAAGAUGGACAUUUUGCAAUUGCUAGUGGGACAAUUAAGACAAUUACGAAAGAGCAUAUUGUUAUCGUAACUAAACGAAGAAUCAUUAUCUCGAAGGAAGCGAAAUUGAAGCAUUUCAAUCAGAGGGAUAAUCAAGUCUUCCAGAGUGCUUUAAGAGAAACUAGUCACAGUCAACAAGAACAUAUUACUAGCAGUGCGUGUUCGAAUAAAUUGUUCCGUUUGGAUUUGGAUGAAAUGUUUUACGGAAUGGGAUUGGCAAGGUUUAAUAUUUUGAACUUAUUCUUGAGACCUGAGAUAGGAGGUGAUGAAAAGACUAGGAAAUUGAUUGUUGAUUUACAAGAGCCCACAUAUAGUCCCAAUUCAUGGCAAGUUCCACAAAAGAAGUAUUUCAAUGUUGAUCAAAUUAUGGCAUUUCAGAAAGUUUUCACUACUAAUGACUAUUCAUUGAUUUUGGGUAUGCCAGGUACGGGAAAAACCACUGUCCUUGCUGAGCUUAUUCGAAUUCUCGUUGGUCAUGGUAAAACAAUUCUAUUGGCGUCAUAUACAAACUCCGCUGUUGAUAAUAUUUUGCUUAAAUUAUUAGAUUUAGAUCCCAGUAUAAGUAUGGUUCGUAUUGGUCAUAAAUCCCGAGUUCAGAAAAAGCUUCACGCAUACAUUCCUGAUGUCGAAACCCCAAUCACAACCUAUGAACAAUAUCUCGAAACUUACAUGAAUCCACCCAUUGUUGCCACCACUUGUCUCGGAAUCAACGAUCUCGCAUUCCAACUCCGACCCAAGUUUGACUAUUGUAUCGUCGACGAAGCGUCACAAGUCUCGCUCCCAAUCAACCUAGGUCCACUUCGAUAUGCUGAUAAAUUCAUCCUCGUGGGAGAUCACUACCAACUCCCACCAUUGGUCCAACAUCCCGACCCCAAGAUUAGACAAGGCUUAUCAGUUUCAUUGUUCAAGUUAUUGGCGGAAACCUAUCCUGAAUCAGUAUGUGAAUUAACCUAUCAAUAUCGAAUGUGUGAGGAUAUCAUGCAACUCUCGAAUGUUUUGGUAUAUGAUAAUCGAUUAAAAUGUGGUUCUGAAGCCGUGGCGAAACAGGUUUUGAAAUUACCAUAUCCUGACCGACUCCCCGGAUCAAAAGGGUGGAUGAAUGAUGUGUUGGAUCCAGAGAAGAGAGUGUUGUUUUUGGAUCAUGAUAUGAUUGAAUCGGCGAAGGAGGUUAUGGUUGGAGAUAUGGUGCAAAACCCCAUUGAAGCGAAAUUGAUCCAUCAGAUUGUGAAUUCGUUAACAGGAUGUGGUGUCACGGAAGAUCAGAUUGGGAUCAUGUCGUUCUAUAGGGCACAGUUGAAACUCCUCAAACGAACUAUUGGAAGACAAUCAUCGGAAAUUGAAAUCUUGACGGCGGAUCAAUAUCAAGGACGGGAUAAAGAAUGUAUAAUCAUUUCAUUGGUGAGGUCAAACGAAGAGAAGAGACCGGGGGAUUUGAUUAAGGAAUGGAGAAGGUUGAAUGUUGCUAUAACUAGGGCAAAGAGUAAGUUGAUCAUUCUUGGUUCGAGAUCUACAUUGAGUUCGGCAGACACUACGAGUACGUUUAUUGAUUUUUUGGAGAAUAGAGGGUGGUAUUAUCUUUUGCCUAACAACGCUGACUUGAUUUAUAAUGAUUUGAUACGAUCGGUCAAUUCAUCACCUAGAAAGAACAAGCAGAAUCGAGAAAGUCAAUUAUCAAAGAGAUUGUUGGAGAGAAAUCCAAUUUUAAAUAAUGUCAUUCAAGAUAUGACUAAGUAA